GUCAAAUUUUUAGUUACAAACUUAAUAAUUAUGUCACAUAUUUUACAUAGCACGAGCGGCGUUUCGCCGUCAUAGAGAGCGCAUUCAAUUUGCGGCCUCGCUGUCGUCGCUGCUGGCGGACAUGGCGCGGGCGCUGGUGCUGGCCAUAGCCUGCGCGGUGGCCACGUUGGCCACGGCGACCAGCUACGGAGACUACGCAGGAGCGCGCAUGCCUCAGUACCACAUGGAUUAUGAGAGCCGGGACACAGUGCGAAGCGAGGAUUAUCCCGAGAGAUCUCCAGAUGCCCAUGUGGCUUCAGAUUAUAAAUAUGAAGAGGAUCCUGAUGCAGCGACACACUAUAAAGCUCCAGAAACAGUAGUAGAGGAAAAUGACGCAUGGCCUAAAACUAAAAAGAGAAGAAAUAAACCUAUAGAUUUAGAUCAUGAGUAUAGUCAAGAGGUAGAUAAGUUGUCCAGUACAGAGGAGAGAGAUAGGGGCCAGAAAAUAAAGUCCAACCGUAUACAUUCCAGAAAUAGGUAUAGUUUCAAAAGAAAAAAAGUUGACAUUGAGGAUGGAACAUUCAAUGAGCGCGAACGCAGAAGGUACGAUGAUUCGAACAAUCCAUCGCGUGAAAAUUUAGUCCAUGUUAGUAACGACAGAAUAAUUCAUAAUAAAAACUUCGAGAGAAAUGCCAAAAAUGUCGUUUACGCCAGAGGACAGAAAAGGCCAAACAGACGCAAAACUCGUGAUAAAGCUUAUCCGCGCAUCGAUGACAUCGAAGACGGCAUUAUGACCGCCGAGAAGGUGUUCGAGACGGACGAUAGCGGCGAAGAGGAAGUGGCGCAGAUCACCGGACAGCGGCGCAUGAUGGACCCCGAGCGCGUUCGAGUUACCCGGCCCGAGCCCGACUUCACAACCGAGCUGGUCGGCAGAAGGCCUGAUAAGAGCUAUGCUGAUUAUGAUGAAUAUUACGACAUGAAGCGGGUUCUGAACAUUAAAAACAAAUUGCCACUGCUUUUGCGUCGCACAAAAGCGAGGUACUCUACGACGCAAUCGACUCCGCUGCAAGAGGAGUGGUUCCGGCGAGCCAACAUCCCGGAUGAUGGAAAUAAAUAUGAAGCGGAGGUGUCUUCUACCACAUCUACAAAAGUAACAACGACAAAGCCGACCACGGAGACCAAAGUUACAUCUAAAGCUACCAUUAAGCCCUCUCGAACGACUACAACGACAACUCUAAAGCCGAAGGUUGUGUCAUCGAAUAGCUCAGAAUUGUCUUUAGCCGAAAAGUCUAGACUGUCCAUUCUCAAGAAGGUUCAGAGAAAGGAGAGUCUAAAGAGCGGGUCGGUCACGACGAAGCCCCCAGUAUUAAUGCAAGUGACGGAGCGCAUGCAGACCGUCGUGAUGGUGGAGCCGCCGGGGUCGCUGGUGCAGCGGCUGCGCGCGCGCGAGCUCUCGGACGACUCGCCCGAGCGCGUGGCGCGGGCCAAACGACUCAUGCGCCACAAGCUGCUGUCCAGCGCUAAGAGCAUCCACGACUUAACUGACAACUGGGAUGACACGGUGUGCGAAUAUAUCGACGUCUCGCUGCUGAAUAGAGCUGCCGAUAUACCGUCCGACUUAUCUCGUAAAAUAGGCUUAGCGUACUUAGUAAUACGAACGCCUGAAACGACAGCGGGCACGAGCAGCGCGGCGGCGCGGCAGCUGGACGCAGCACUGGCGCGGCGCCAGCGCAAGGAGGCACCGCCGUCUCCCGCACCCACCGCACACCCCCUGCCCACCUUCCCGCCCUUCGCCAUCGAGCAGGGGCUGCAACGCUCCUGGAACACAUUUGUCCUCAGCAACAGGACGAUACGAAUGACCAAUAUUUCUAUGCUUUCAGCGCUAUCUAGAGUGGAAGCGCAAGUUCGUCAUUGGGCCGCUAGAGGGCGGCGGUCGCAAAUCGGCACGCGGGCUGAGGACGGAGGUCGGAGGCCGGCGGAGGGAGGGCGUGCGCGGUACAGCACGGCCGAGUGCUGA